CCCAGUUGAUCUCCAGGAGCUGGAGGAGAAAGAGAAAACGGAGAGUUUGGAUUUGAGACAGAUUCAGACACCGUCAGAGCCACAUAGAGAGGAAGCAGCAGUCGUCCAGGCAGCAGAGGCGAGAUGAUGCGCCCGGGAGCGAAGCAGUAUGUGGUGGUCAGGCCGGUGUACUCGGAGGAGUCCUUCGCAGAGGAGCACGCGAAGGUCUACAGGCACCACAAGACCAUGCUGGAUCACGUCAAGCAGUACUUCACAUGUGAUGCCAAACGAGCCAAGAAUGCCGCUCUCUCUCUUCUGCCAAUCAUCAGCUGGAUAAAAACCUACCAAAUCAAGGAGUGGCUGGUCAAUGACAUUGUGUCUGGUGUCAGCACCGGACUGGUAGCUGUCCUGCAAGGUCUGGCCUACUGUCUGCUCGCCUCUCUGCCACCCUGGUACGGACUCUUCUCCGCCUUCUUCCCUGUUAUCAUUUACUUCUUCCUGGGCACGUCCAGACACAUCUCAGUCGGCCCAUUCCCGGUCCUGUGUCUGAUGAUCGGCUCGGUGGUCACCAGGCUGGUCCCGGACGACGGUGUGGCUGCCAACAUCACAGGCUUUGAGGACCUGAGCAGAGACGAACAGAGAGUGUUGGUGGCUUCUUCUGUGACCUUCCUCGUCGGCCUCAUGCAGUUGGCAAUGGGUGUCCUACAGGUGGGCUUUGUUGUGAUGUACCUGUCUGACACUCUGGUGUCUGGCUUCACCACAGCAGCCGCCAUCCACAUCCUGGUGUCCCAGCUCAAGUUUGUGUUGGGGCAGCAGGUCCCAGGCAUCAGUGGACCUCUUGCUGUCAUAUAUACCCUGGAGAUCAUCUUCAACCAGAUAACCUCCACCAAUGUGUGUGACGUGGUGAUCUCCUUGGUGAUCAUGGUGGUGGUGUUCAUUGUGAAGGAGUUAAAUGACAGAUUCAAAUCCAAGCUGCCAGUGCCCAUCCCCAUCGAGGUUAUCAUGACUGUCAUUGCAUGUGGAGUUUCGUACGCUUUUGACUUCAGGACAAGAUACGGCAUUGAUGUCGUUGGCUAUAUUCCCAAAGGGUACGAGCCUCCGGUUGCCCCAAACCUGCACAUCUUCCAGGAAACGGCAGUGGAUGCAUUUCCCAUGGCCAUAGUGGGUUUUGCUGUCGCCUUCUCCGUGGCGAAAGUCUAUUCUGUAAAACACGAUUACACCAUAGACGGAAACCAGGAGCUGAUAGCUUUUGGAGUCAGCAACAUCUUUGGAGCUUCCUUCAAGUCCUUCGCUGCGAGUACAGCUCUUUCCAGGAGCGCAGUGCAGGAGAGCACAGGUGGCAAGACCCAGGUAGCUGGUUUACUGUCAGCUAUCAUAGUGAUGAUCAUCACAAUGGCCAUUGGAUUUCUCCUGGAUCCUCUCCCGAAGUCUGUGUUGGGUGCUGUGGUUAUCGUCAACCUGAAGGGCAUGCUGAUGCAAUUUAGAGACAUCCCAUACCUGUGGAGGAGGGACAAACCAGACUGUGUGGUGUGGUUAGCUACCUGUAUUGCAUCCAUCUUGCUGGGGCUGGAUCUUGGAUUGGCCGUGGGUCUCGGUGUGGAGCUGCUCAGUGUCGUCCUCAGAGCUCAGUUCCCCCGGUGCAGUGUGCUGGCCAACAUUAAAGGAACUGAUAUCUACAAAGACAAAAAGGACUAUAUUGAUAUAUAUGAACCAGAGGGAGUGAAGACGUUCAGGAUACCAUCACCAAUCUUCUUUGCCAACAUUGAGUUCUUCAGGAGCAAACUGGUGGAGGCUCUUGGCUUUAACCCGCUGAGAGUGUUGAGAAAGAGGAAUAAAGCACUGAGGAAGAUCCGGAAACUGAUGAAGAAGGGAUACCUGCAGUGGACAUCAACAGGCUUCCUGAGUACGUCGCAUGGAUCAAUGAAUGAGUCAGAGGAUGAGAGCAACAUGGAGGAGCUCGACCUGCCGACUGACUUCAAGGGCCUUCCCGCCCGGAUCGACUGGAACGCCGAGCUUCCCGCCAACAUCAUUGUCCCCAGAGUGGACAUCCAUAGCUUGAUCCUGGACUUUGCUGCGGUCUCCUUCGUGGACAUCUCUGGUCUGAAGGGACUCAAAACGGCGUUGAAAGAGCUGGUCCGGGUUGAGGUUGAGGUCUACAUCGUGGCUUGUGAUCCUUACAUCCUGGAGAAACUGCACGACUGCGGCUUCUUUGACGAUGAAGUUCAGCCGUCAAUGUUCUUCCUGACCCUGCAUGACGCCAUGCUGCACAUUCUGGAGAAACAUCCUCAGCCUACAGAGAAGAAAUCUGACUUGGACAGGAUUACAACAACAGUCACAGUUCACCACCCUGGACGCCAUGUGAGGAGCAGAGAUAGAAAUGCUCCAGAUCCAGAAACCAAGUUCUAACUUGUCCAUGAGGAGAUGGGGAUUUCUGGGAGAAAACCCGAAAAAGACCAAAGAAAGAACAUGUAAAUGUUUUACCAAUCAUGCUGUACAAUACACUGAUGGAAUGAAUCACGAGAUACUGUUUCUGACAAUCUAAGUUUACAAAUACAGAAUUUACUGUAAUGUAAGAAAACAAAUUUCAUGCUAUUUUUUGUUUUUUAUGCUGUUUAUAGUGAAUUUGUAGAAAUUUUAGGUGCAAUAUAUUUUACAUGUUGUAAAGUUAUUAUUAUUGUCAAUUCACUU